ACAAUUAUUGCAAAGGAACGGAUACGGAAGCAUAACCAUAACUGCAUAAAAAACAUGGCUUCGUCUCUAAACGUUAUAAAAUUGACCAAAUUAGAAAAUGUUUGUAGAACGUGCUUAUCAAAAGAAAUAGUACCGCAGUCUAUAUUUGAUGUUUACUCUGGAUCAAUUACUUUCGACUGUGUAAUAAACGCAGUAACUGGUUUAAAGAUUGAACAUGGUGAUGGGUUUCCAUCAAAUAUUUGCCAAGGGUGCAAGGACAAAGCCAUCAGUGCAUUUGAUUUUAAGAAUAAGGCUCAAGAAACACAUGAUGCUCUACAGACUCUGAUUAAGAAAGCUAUCAAUACAACACCACAUGAUGUUAAAGAAGAGCAGCCAGCAGAUGAUACUGAUGAUGGCUUGGAUAUUGACUUUUCUCUGCCUGUGACACCCGAAAAUUGUAGCGAGUUAGCUUCGAUUAAAAAUGAAAAUGAGGGUGAUCUUGGCCAUCAAUGUAACCAGCAGUGUAAAAAUUGUCCUGAUGUGUUUGAUAUGUCUACUAGACUUGGAGAACAUGUGGAUAAAAAAUGUGUGAAAGUGGAGUAUGAAGAUGGACAGAGUACAUACUGUCCUCUUUGUGGUACGUGCUUUGACAAUUCAGACAGUUUAACAAAACAUAUGUGGACAAGUCAUGCUGAUCUUAUGGGACCAAAGAAGAGAGGCAGACCAAAAAAGUUGCUGACCAGUACCAUAUUAAGUAAAUUAUCGGAAAAUGGCUGCCACACGAAAGCCCGCCCUAUUAAAACAAAAAGCUGUAUAUUCUGUAAGGAUGAAUUUAAAACUCAACUAGAACUGAGCGGGCACAUGAUGGAACAUAAAGCUACAAAGAUUCCAUGCUGCAUGCUAUGCAAGAAAAUGUACCUCAACAUAUUGAACUUUGAGCAACAUGUCUGUUUCGAUGAUAGAAAUAAUUCAAUUAAAAUGUUAAAUGAACAUGAAACAUUAAGUAUUCCAAGUGACAAUGCCAAAGUUCUUAACUAUCUAACAGAGGUACUGCUGCAAGACGUGUUGGAUCCAAAUGGUGAUAUGGAAAACAUGAAUGUUCUUAAAGUAUGCAGCAUUUGUAAUGAAGUGUUUUUGUCGGAAAGCGAUCUGGCUAGUCACAACGAUGCUGAACAUCCAGAACUUUCGCAGCGAUGCAACCUUUGUAGCAAGGUAUUUGCAUCAGUCAAAUCAGCCGCCCGCCAUAGGAAUAUAUGCAAGCAAAUAGAAAGAAAAUAUAUUUGUAGUACUUGUGGGCUUAAAUUUGCUUACGAGAUUUCGUUAAAUAAGCACAUAUUGCGGUUCCACGAAGGCCAAAGUGUAUCAGUGAAGUUUAUGGAUCCUAAAACGAAAUCGGACGAGAGACAAUAUCAAUGUGAUACUUGUAAAAGAAGUUUCUACAGAAAAGAUUUACUUGCCAGGCAUACUAAACAGCACAUGCCGAGUGAAAAACUAUUUGAAUGUGAUGUGUGUAAAAAGAAGUUUCAUAGAAGGGACAAUUUACGUUCUCACAAGCGCGUUCACGAGGCCCACCGCGAUAAAAGUGCGAGCAACAACUGCUUGUGCCUGUACUGCGGCCGCAGUUUCUCCAACUCCUCCAACCUGAUCGUUCACAUGCGGCGGCACACCGGCGAGAAACCUUACAAAUGCGACUUUUGUGGCAAAGGUUUUCCCCGGUCAUCGGAUCUGCAAUGCCAUAGACGCUCGCAUACAGGAGAGAAGCCAUGUAUCUGUGUGGUUUGUGGAAAAGGAUUCUCGCGUAGCAACAAACUGUCACGUCACAUGCGCGUGCAUACUGGUCACAAACCAUACAAAUGCACGUAUUGUGACAAGGCCUUUUCACAGAGCAACGAUCUCACGCUGCACGUCCGCAGGCACACUGGCGACAAGCCCUACAUCUGCGAAGUAUGUGGCGACCGAUUCAUACAGGGAACCUCAUUGCACAACCAUCGGCGCGCUCAUGGUCAUUUUCCGGCGUCGUCAUCGGGUCCACCUUCGAAUGUCCAAGGACUUACCUAUACAUCCGUUACACCUCACGGCUAAACAUGCCUGCCUAGUAUA